AAGAUCUUUAGCUGGAAAUGCUAUUAUCCUCGCAAGGUAAAAGUUUUCAUACUGUCACCUCUCAACUCGUCAGUAAGCAAGACCGGGAGAACAGCGACACCAAGUGAAGUGAAAAACGAAAGAUUUCAAAAAUGGCUACAAAACCAACUGGAUACGAUUUUUGGAGAAAUGUUCUACAUAGCCCACAGUAUGUUGCAGCUCCCAUGGUCGAUAUGAGUGAACUUGCUUUCAGGAUGCUCUGUCGAAAAUAUGGUUCUCAGCUGUGUUAUUCCCCCAUGCUUCACAGCUUGCAGUAUUCGCAGGAUUUUUUAUACAGAAAAGAUAAUUUUUCUACUUGUUGUGAGGAUAGGCCUCUAAUUGUACAAUUUUGUGCAAAUGAUCCUGAUAUAUUUGUCACUGCUGCACAUAUGGUGGCAUCUGAAUGCAAUGCAAUUGAUUUGAAUUUAGGCUGUCCUCAAGCUAUAGCUAAGAAAGGUUUUUAUGGAUCCUUCUUGCAAGACGACUGGGAUCUCAUUAGAUCAUUAGUUCAAAAAGCUUCUUAUGAACUGCCAAUUCCUGUUACCUGCAAAAUGAGAAUUUUACCUGGACAUUUCAAAAAAUCUGUUGAAUAUGCCAGAAUGUUGGAACAUGCUGGCUGCUCUAUUCUAACUGUUCAUGGAAGAACUAGAGAGCAAAAAGGUCAUGCUACUGGUUUAGCAUCUUGGGAAGUUAUUAAAGAAAUCAAAGCUAAUGUAAAUAUACCAGUGAUUGCAAAUGGGAAUAUUUUAACCUUUGAUGAUGUAGAAGCUUGCUUGGAAUACACUAAAGCAGAUGCUGUAAUGUCUGCAGAGGCUCUGUUACAUAAUCCUGCAUUAUUUUCUGGCAAGAAUCCACCAGUUUGGAAAGUAGUAGAAGAAUAUUUGCAGUUAGCUGAUAAAUAUAGUACUCCUAUCAGAUGUGUUCGUUGUCAUUUAUUUAAAAUUUUAUACCUGUGUAUAUAUCAAGAUGAUGAAGUGAGAGAAAUACUUACUGAAGGCUCAACAUUAGCAGAUUUUUAUUCUGUUGUUGAAAUACUUAAAAAACUCCCAGCAAAACUUUCUUAUGCAGAAAAGUCAAACACUAUUGGUAAAGAUAAUGAUCCAGAUUAUAUACUUGAGUCCAUUAAUUUCAAUUUUGAUGAAUUUUCUGACACAAAUAAUCAAACAUCACAGACUAUACCCUUAGUUUAUGAUAAUGAAGAGAAUUUUCAGUUGCAUUCUACAAGAAAUCACAACCUGUUUGAUAGCAAUGAAAAUUUAAUUAAUGACACAGAUUCCAGAAAUGAUAAUAUAAAUGAUGGGACGGAUGAUACUAUCAAGUAUUUACCCAUCUGGGUUUGUCAUUCAAGACCAAGGAUUGCAAUCACUGAGAAAAGCAGAGGCUGUUUUAGUAAAUAUUUUGAUUCUUCUUCAGAAAAGACAAAUGAGAAUCCAGUAGAAAUGUACAUGUCUAAAAAGAAGCAAAGAAGAGCUAGACAUCAUGAGCGUGUUGUUGCAGCUAUGAAAGAAAAGAGAAAAACGAAAAAGUUGCGGAGAAAACAAAAAUUAGCCGAGAUGAAAGCACAAGCAGUUGCACCUGAUGUAGAAGAUGUUAAUGAUAAAAAGGAAAAAAUAACUAAAAAGCAACAAAAGAUGUUGAUUAAAGAACGUCUUUUAUCAGCACAAGGUACAGCACCUAAAAUAUGUAUUAAUCUUGGUUUUGCUUCUUCAAUGGAGACUAAAGAAUUAUCGCGAUUAUCAUCUCAGUUGCGAAGGUUGUAUGGUUCUAAUCGACACAGCAGCAAUCCUGUUCAUUUAUAUUUCUGCAGUUUCAGUCCAACAGAUGAACUUUAUAAAAUAUGUGAAUCAAAGUGCGAUGGGUUUUCAUCUUAUAUAGUUGAUAUGACACCAGAAGCUCCUGAAGAUUUAUUCGACUCAGAAAAUAUCAUUUAUUUGUCUCCUGACUCAGAAAAUGUUUUGGAAACGCUGGAUUCCAAUAAAGUGUAUGUUAUUGGUGGAAUAGUGGAUGAUACUGUUAAAAAGGAUUUGAGUCUUAAUCAUGCUAAAAAUUUUAACAUCAAAACUGCUCGUUUGCCUAUUGUUGAGUAUUUAGUGCCCUAUUCUGCAAAUCCUGGGACAACAGUUCUUACUGUUAAUCAAGUUUUUGAUAUUCUGCUGAAAUACUAUGAAACAAAAGAUUGGAUUGAAUCACUCAGUUCCAAUGUACCUUUAAGAAAAGGAUACUGUGCUCCUGCAAAGAAAGAUGAACUUUCUCAAAAUAUUCCAGACAAAAAAUUAACAAACUAUUCUGAUCCGAUAUCAACAGAAAAUACUGCUUCAUCUAUUAGUUGAUGUUAAUGUAUCUUAGCUUAUGUAACUAAAGUUCUUAUUAAAGAAAUUUCUUUUAAA